UAUAUCGAUAUCGGGCGAUCGAGAAGGGGGUCCCUUUUGGUUGCGUCAUCGAUGACCUUGAUCAUUGACUGCGCGCUCGAGCCGAUUGAUAAAUCAUUUGGAGGCAUUGGUCGAGUGGCCUGGGCACACAUCAGUGUCGCCUGCGCCGAAGCGCGCAGAUCGGGAGCUAAUUAACCGGAGAUCUCUCGGGGCGAUCGGUUUAUCGUGAUCGCGGACGGAAGGCGGGGGCCAGAGACAGAGAUCAUUUUCCUCGCGAUCGCGAACGAAACGCGACGGGAUUACCUAUGAUCUGGCCGAGCGUCCUCAGUAGUAGGACCACGCUUCCGGCAGAGAAGCGUUUCUGGCAGCGUUCCUAAUCCCCCUUUUUUCCAUCUUCCUCCUUCGUCGCCCUCUCCCCCCCCCCUCUCGUGUUUUGCUGCUGCUGGAGUAACGAACCUCCCCUCCUCCUCCCCCUCCUCCCCCCUGUUCCUCCACCGUCCUCUCAUCCCUCCCGAACGAUCGGAUCGCGCCGACGUUUUUGUUCAUCGCCCUUUCGUCAGUGGCAAGAGGGAGGAACGAUCUCGUCAGGAUGGACAUGAGCAGCGAGUCGAGCGCGGCUAGGUGGUACGAGCCCCCCAGGUCCACGCUGGAGCCGCCAUCCGGGGGCGCAGGAGUCGCCGGUGUCGUCGGCAAUCCCACCGAUUACAGGGGUUAUUAUCCUCAUGCUGGGCCAACCGCUCAUCAUCCCGCAGCCGCCGCGCACUACGCUCACACAAGGAUGUCGGGCAGCGGCGUGACGAGCGGCCCGGUGAGCCAGGUCUGUCGGCCGCACUUCCACAGCUCGGUGUUGCACCCGUGGCUGUCCGGCAGCGGCGCGGACACGUCGAAAACACCGUGGGGAUUCCCGACGAGCACCGGCUCGACCGGCGGCGGCGCGAUCAGCGACGACAAACCGCAGAGUCCCCUUGGUUCCUCGUUACCACCGAGCACCGGCAGCCUGUCGAGUCACGGCGGUGCCGGCACCGGUCACCACCUCUUCUCAUUCCCGCCGACGCCGCCGAAAGACGCCACCCCCGACAGCAUCACCGCCAGCACCACGUCCAGCAGUACCAACAACAACAACAACACCAGCAGCGCCAACAACAACAACAACAACACGAACAACAACGCCAGCAACCCGCUGUCGGGGCUGGGUGGCGGCGCGAGCAGCGAGUACCAAGCGGCGGUGGCGCACGCGGCGGCGAUGGGCGUGUUCAUGCAUCAUCAGGACGCGCUUGGCGCCGGUGGCGCGAGUUCCUGCGACGUGAAGCCAAGCGUGAUGCUCGGCCACCAUCACGGGGCGCCGUCGCCGCCGCAUCAGCAGCACAACGGGACGACGAACGCGGGGAACGGCGGGACCGGUGGGAACGGCGGCGGAGGGACCGGCCAGGUGAAGCAACGCGAAGGUAAUAACCAAUCGGGCAACGUGUCCGGCAGCCAACAGGCGAGCACCGCGCAACAGCAGCAACAGCAGCAACAGCAGCAGCAGCAGCAGCAGCAACAGCAGCAACAGCAGCAAGAGGCGGCGUAUCAGGGGAACAACGUGGGGGCGGGCGGCGGUGGCGGUGGUGGCGGCGGUGGCGCUAGCUCACCGUCGUGCAGGGACAGUUACGCGGCCGCAGCCGCCGCCGCAGCCGCGGCCGCGGCCGCCGCUGCUUCCAACACCCACCACGCCACCUCCGGAUCCCAGUACGACCCGGCAACCAGCGCCUAUAACAUGUACCAGCACCUGCAGUAUCCUAGUACCACCCACCAUCAUCACCAUCACCAUCAUCACGGCGCCUCCUCGUCGUCUUCGUCGUCUUCGUCCCACAAUCCGCACAACGGGACCGCGGUUACCGGUAUAUUCGGGCAUCACGCGGCGGCAGCGGCCGCGGCCGCCGCCGGUGCUGGCAACGCGGCCGGCGUGGCCGGCGUAAACGUCGACUCGAAGUUGUUGGUCGGUCACGCGCACGCCAACACGCCGAGCUCGCCGUCCGCGCAGCAGCAGCAGCAGCAAAAGCCCAGGAACAAGUCGAGGACGUCCGCCGGUAAGCGGCACGCCUACCACCUUUCCCUUUUCUUUUUUUCUUUUUCUUUUUCUUUUUCAUCUGUUUUCGUUCAGUUGGUUUUG